CGAGUUGACUUCUGCAAGCAUUUCAAUCUGCUCAGCCUAUAUCAUAGUCCUGAACAGCUGUGAAUUAAAGAUACCUCGUACCCUCGACACGGACCUCGCGGCCUGGCGUGUGCACAGGGUUGUCGCUUCGGGCGCAGUUUGUGCGGCCUUACACAGCACACUAAGCCUUGGCAGCUUGCUCCAUCGCCGAACUCCCCGGACUCCCCGGACACAAGCGGCCCUGGACACGCCCAGUUAGUCCCUCAAGCCCUGAGCGGCGCUAGCUCGGACGCGCAUCACACCAUGGGCUCGGGGGCGCGAUGGGACGCUGCGGUGCUGUUCCUCACGCGCACCGUCCGCAUGCUCGCGUACGGGUCCACGGGGGUGGUGCUGGCGCUCUUCCUCAGCGCUGUGGGGCUGUCAGACCGCGAGAUCGGCUCGCUGCUGACUCUGACGCUGCUGGGUGACAGCGCCAUCAGCCUGUGGGUGACUCGGCAUGCAGACGGGUUGGGCCGCCGCGCCUGCCUGGCCGCCUCCUGCCUGCUCAUGGUGCUGGCGGGCGCAGUGUACGGCACGGUCCAACACCCCUCCUUCGCGCUGCUGCUGGUGGCCGCCACCGUGGGCGUGCUGUCACCCAGCGGCAAUGAGGUGGGCCCCUUCAUGGCUCUGGAGCAGGCGGUGCUGUCGGAGCUGGUACCGGCAGCCGCCCGCACACACGUGUUCGCGUGGUACAACUUGGUCGGCUACGCCAUGACAGCCAUAGGCGCGCUGGUGGCGGGGCACGCGCUCACGUGGGCGCAGGCCGCGUACGGCAUCACCGCCGUACAGGGCUACCGGUUCAUAUUCCUGCAGUACGCGGCCUCCGGCGCCGUACUACUGCUGAUGUUCUUGCUGCUAACCAACAAGGUGGAGAGGAAGGCGAAGCUGCCGGCCCCGGCCCCGGCCCCGGCCCUACAGACCCGCGGCGAUGAUGAGGAGGCCGGGCUCCGGGCACCACUACUGCCGGCCGCUGCUGACGAGGACGCCCCGGCAGCCGCAGCCGCGGCGGCCGCACACCCCGCCGCCGCCGCCGCUGCUCCUUCCGAGCCCGCAGCCGCCCCCGCUGCCGCCCCUCCUGUGCACCCGCCUCCCCAAGCCCAGCCCGCGCAGCCUAGCAGCAGCGGCCACUCACACCACCACCAGCAGCAGCAGCAGCAGCAGCAGCCGGACCCGCAGCAGCAGCGCCGCGGCUUCCUGGGCCUGACGCCCCCCACCCGCUCGCUGGUGCUGCGGCUGAGCGCGCUGUUCAGUCUGGACAGCCUGGCGGGCGGGCUGGUGACGGGCACACUGCUGGUCUACUUCUUCCAGACCAAGUACGGCGUGAGUACGGCCUACCUGGGUGGGCUGCUGUUCGGCGCCAACAUGCUGGCAGCCGUCAGUGCGCUGGCCAGCGGCUUCGUGGCGGCGCGGCUGGGGCUCAUCAACACCAUGGUGUUCACACACCUGCCCUCCAACGUGCUGAUGCUGCUGGUGCCGCUCAUGCCCUCCCUGGAGUCAGCCACCGCCAUGGUGUUCGCACGGUACUCCAUUUCGCAGGUCGCUAACCAGACAACACCGGCAGGUCUCAACCUGCGCGCCGGCGCCGCUUUGAAGGCGGCGCCGCGCUGUCCUCCUCCACGUGGCCUUAUGGAUGUGGCUCCCCGCUCGGCCUACGUGGCGGGUGUGGUGCCGGCUGACGAGCGCAGUGUGGCCAUGGGCGUCAUCAACAUAGCCAAGAGCCUGGGCGCCGCCUUCGGGCCGCUCAUCACAGGCUGGCUGGCUCAGCAGGGCUUGUUCGCCUGGGCCUUCUACCUGUGCGGCGGCGGCAAGAUUGUGUACGACCUGCUGCUGUACUUCCUAUUCUCGCACAUUCACCCGCAGCACUGAGACAGGGUUGAAAGCAACAGCGCGUCACAGAACUUGUACGGGCCAGUAACUCCACGCGUACCCGGGGAAUACUGUGUGCACUGGGGGUGAUCCAGUCGUCAUUUGUGAUCUCUGUUAUGCUUGGGAAAUGUGUGGAUGAGUGGGGUGGGAUGCGGACAGGUGCGGACCGUUGCGGACAAUCGUCAAGAGUGCAGACAGUCCUCCAUGGGGCGGGACUGCGCGCGUGCUGGUAGGUCAGUAGGGAGAGAGCACGGGGGGGGUGUAUUGACUUUGGGGUUCUGAAGGUACUGCUUUUAAGGACGCAGGAUGGGACUGGGCGUACAUUAUGGUGCAAAUGGCUAAUGUUGGAUUGUUUGGCAAGGGUGCAGCAGCGUCGGCCGAUUGCGGCUGGGGGUUACGUGUGUAACAUGAGAUUCAAUGAUGACUUGGUCGUUCACCGAUUUUACGGCUGGGUGGGUUGCCCUGCGCGGCAGGGAUCAAAGCGGCUAGCUGAGUGGCUGUCGAAUGAUGCUGCGAGGCUGCAGAGGGUGGCGUGCAGGACCGGGCUACAUGGCCUUGCAGUGUUCGCACGGCCGUACCGCAUACUUGCGAGAAGGUUGGGGAGAGGGCCAAGAUGGGCCGUGAAAGAACGUGUGCGUGAACGGGUUCGUGCCAACCAAGCACCCGGUCUCGUCCUUCAGUAUUAAUUGAGGACAUCCAGGAGAUAAUU